CGAGACCGGCGGCGCGGCCGGGCCCUCCCCCUCCGUUCCCUUCCGGGCGGUGGUGGGGAGUGGGCUGCGGCACGAGCCGCCAUGAGCGACGUGGUGGAGCGGACGCUGAGUGUGCUGCCCGGGCUGCUGGGGCAGCACGAGCCGGGCGCCGGGCCGGGGGGCGCCGGCGGCCCUGCCAGGGCUUCGGCCACCUCCCGGCUCGGGAGCCUUAUCCGGAGCAUCACGGCGCUCACCUCCAAGCAUGAAGAAGAAAAACUAAUCCAGCAGGAAUUAACCAGUUUGAAAGCAACAGUUUCUGCCCCCACCACAACACUCAGACUGAUGAAAGAGUGUAUGGUGAGACUCAUUUAUUGUGAAAUGCUGGGGUACGAGUCUUCCUUUGGAUAUAUCCAUGCAAUCAAGCUUGCACAGCAAGGAAAUCUUUUGGAGAAAAGAGUUGGUUACUUGGCAGUUUCUUUAUUUCUCCAUGAAAAUCAUGAACUGCUACUUCUACUUGUGAACACAGUUGUGAAGGACUUACAGAGCACUAAUCUAGUAGAGGUGUGCAUGGCAUUAACCAUUGUCAGCCAGAUCUUUCCACGGGAGAUGAUUCCAGCUGUUCUUCCCCUAAUAGAAGACAAGCUUCAGCAUUCUAAGGAAAUUAUCCGAAGAAAAGCUGUUCAAGCUUUAUAUAAAUUCUAUCUCAUUGCUCCUAACCAAGUUCAGCAUAUUCAUGAUAAGUUCCGGAAAGCCUUAUGUGACAGGGAUGCUGGAGUCAUGGCUGCUUCUUUGCAUAUUUACCUUCAAAUGAUUAAGGAAAACUCAUCUGGAUACAAAGACUUGACUGGGAGUUUUGUAACCAUCCUAAAGCAGGUAGUGGGAGGAAAGCUCCCUAUUGACUUCAAUUAUCACAGUGUUCCAGCACCAUGGUUACAAAUUCAGCUUUUAAGAAUAUUGGGGCUGUUAGGAAAAAAUGAUCCAAGGACAAGCGAAUUAAUGUAUGAUGUUCUAGAUGAAUCUUUAAGAAGAGCAGAGAUAAAUCAUAAUAUUACAUAUGCCAUCUUGUUUGAAUGUGUCCAAACAAUUUAUACAAUUCAUCCCAAAUCUGAACUACUUGAAAAGGCUGCCAAGUGCAUUGGAAAAUUUGUUUUGUCACCCAAAAUUAAUUUGAAAUACUUAGGUUUAAAGGCUCUGACGUAUGUUAUCCAGCAGGAUCCUAAUCUGGCACUUCAGCACCAGAUGACAAUAAUUGAGUGUCUGGACCAUCCAGAUCCCAUUAUUAAAAGGGAGACUUUAGAGCUUCUCUAUAGAAUUACAAACGGACAGAAUGUAGUUGUCAUAGUUCAGAAGAUGCUUGACUACUUAAAAGAAAGCAAGGAAGAAUAUGCUAUCAUCAACUUAGUUGGCAAAAUAGCAGAACUAGCUGAGAAAUAUGCCCCUGAUGAUGAGUGGUUCAUCCAAACAAUGAAUGCUGUGUUUUCAGUUGGAGGUGACGUUGUGCAUCCUGAUAUCCCAAACAACUUUCUGAGACUGUUGGCUGAAGGCAAAGUAUGUAUUGUUUUCUGUCUAGGAUUUGAUGAUGGAAAAGGUGAUGAUCAGCUACGGAUAUAUGCAGUACAGUCUUAUUUAGCAUUACUUGAAGAGGAAGAUGCAUUGUAUCCGCAGAAACUCCUUCAAGUUAUGAGUUGGGUGUUGGGGGAAUAUUCCAGCCUUAUUACAGAUGUUGAUCCAGAGGUUAUUUUGACAAAGCUACACAGCCUGCUGAAGAAGACUUGCGUUACUUCUGAAACUAAAGCAUGGAUAAUGGCUGCAGUCACCAAGAUAGCAUCACGUACCUCCUGUUCGAAAACAGUUGACAAACUAAUCCAAGAAUUCAGCAACUCUCUAGAAACCUACAUGAGACAAUAUGUCUUUGAAUUGAAGCAUCUGUGUGAAAACAAAGUACUGAUGAAAAAAUUUCUUCCAUUUGAUGCUAGUUGCAAUGACAUGGUGGUAGAUGCUUCCUUAUCUUUUCUGGAUGGGUUUGUGGCUGAGGGACUUGGUCGUGGUGCAGCACCAUAUAAGCCUCAUCACCAGAGACAAGAGGAGAAACUUUCUCAGGAAAAAGCUCUGAAUUUUGAACCUUAUGGAUUGUCAUUUGCUUCAAGUGUGUCCUCAUCUGGCAUCACCGGCAGACAGUCCCCCACUGUUUUAUCUUUUGGUUCUGAUACGUCUGGUAAUAGUGCUGAGACAGGGCAUAAAGAGACAAAUACUCUGAAACUUGAGGGAGUACGCAAGCUAUGGGGAAAAGAAGGUUAUCUUCCAAAAAAAGAAAACAAAGUAGGGAAAGAAAAUGAGCCACAAACUGUUGCUUGUGGCAGCUUAUUAGCAGGACAAGUGGGUGAUCCUCCUGCAUUGCGGUCUGAACAAGUUGCCAUCCUCUCUGAGGAAGACAAAGAGAAGCAGCAGUUAGCCUCAACUUUGUUUAUUGGGCUAGGAUCAAAUGCUGGUGUCAGUCUGAUGGGGAAAGCGGACACAUCUACUCAGAAGUUCAAAAGAAAAUCAAAGAUAAAUGAAACUCAAAAUAUUGAGGAGGCAUCAGACUUCCAAAAUGCUGCUGCUUCAGAUUUUGGUCCCUUACUUGAUACAGUACCUAUUAACAUGGAAGACUGUGAGGGAAAUCUACACACAAGAUUAAGGAAGGCCUCCCUGUGUUCUUCAGAUAUUGUAGAAGAUAAUUUAGCAUUUGAAACACCUCAGGCCCUAAAAAAAUCUGGGCUGGAUCAAAGACUGUCAGAUAGUAGGCUGUCACAGUCGUCUUUGUUUGCUGAUAGUAAUAUUGAAAUUUUUCAGCCUCCUCCAAGUGCUCAGUGUGAAAGUGCCAGUAAAACGCCACUGGUCCCCUCCUUACCAGAAGAGCUCAAAGAGCUCACUCAUUCUGAAGUAGUGGAACUUUGUCAGAAUGAUGCCUUAGCUCUCUAUUUAUGUAAGGUGUGGACAGAUGACUCUUUGUUGCUCACUGUUUUUGUUUCAAAUAAAACCAUUUCUGCACUUAGUGCUGUGAACUUAGUGUUUGAAGAAGCGGAACAUUUUCAGAUUUUGGAGAGUCCCUCCUAUCAGUUUCCUGUAAUUGAAGCUCGAAGUGUGGAACACUGCCAGAAAUGUGUGUGGAUGGACAAAAUCUGUACACAGGGAGUUCUUUCUGGUUCCCUUAAUUUCCAGUCAGAGAUGGAAACUCACCUUGAAUUUUCAGUAACUUUAUCAUUGUUGGACUUCAUCAGGCCAAUGGAAAUGACUACAGAAGACUUUGGGAAUCUGUGGUUGUCCCUUUCCAAUGACGUGAAACAGAAUAUAAAAAUGUCAUCUUCUCAAGAUUCCCUUUCAGCAGCUCUGAAUACAUUGCAACAGAAGCUGAAACUCCAUAUAGUUGAUAUUAUAGGUAAUGAGGGAAUACUGGCAUGCCAGCUACUUCCAUCUGUGCCCUGUCUGCUGCAUUGUCGUACUCACUCAGGGAUGCUGGCAUUGUGGUUCAGAUCACCUUGUUCUGCUCUUCCAGAUGGUUUGCUUUAUCAGUGUCAAAAGGUGAUGGAGGAAUCCUAAUAACAAUAGUACCUGCCUUAAUCUAUUUGGUGUGUGAAAAUCAAAUGAAAGAUUUACACAGUUGCACAAAUAAUCACCAAAGCUAAAUGAAGAUACCGCUUUUCAGAAGCAUUAAAAUUUUAUUCCAGCUGGCAUAUGUUAUGUGGACUUGUGGGGGAAGAAUGAUGGCCUAAAUUAUGCCUGCAAAAACAUGCUCAGGACUGUACAGCGACUAACAACUAAUCCAUUAAAGUAUUGUUACCUGUUUAA